AUGAAGAACGUAAUCAAGGCUGUGAAGAAACUCAAGUUGUGGGCCAAAAAGAAAAGGAAGAAGAAGAAGAAGACCCAUGAGCAUGAGCAUGAGCAUGAGCAUCCUCCUCCACCACCCUGUCACUAUUGCUGCUCCUCCACCUUCCAGCCAUCUGCUCCCACAUUACCUUCAUCUUCAUGGCUUGAAGCUGAACCCAACUAUGGGACAUUCUUGCCACCCCAGUCCCAGGAAGUGGUCUAUCCAAUUCAACCACAACAACAACCACAACCACAAGACAUUGCUGUCAGCAGCAGCAGCAGCUCUAACUCAUUGUAUCAGCAAUAUAUGGUUUCAGUUUCAGAACCAGUUUAUGGCAUUCCACUACUGCCAGUAACAAGAGAGAGAACAGCUGGUCAUUUUGGAUGUGUUUUUAGCUAUGGUACUAAUUUGUUUCGCUGCUUAUGCCCAUGUUUUCAUAUUCGAGAACUAGUUUGA